AUGCAAACCUCGGUCUCGGACCUAAAAGCUCUCAGCAUUCUCCGAGUCUCGGCAUCCAACCCGCCAAGCGUGAUGCUCACGACCGCGUAUCGCGACGCGUUACGAGUAGCGUUACGAGGAGGCGGGGAACAUCGGUCGUUUGGACUUCCUGUUCCUUCUCGGGGGUCAUCACAAAUGAGCAUUGAACAAUUGGACAGGAAGGCGUUGGAGCAUUGGGAGACUAUACUUCAUUAUAUGGUGGAUACCAAUUCCUCUGCGCAACGUCCUGGUGGAGGUGCAUUGCACUUGUUGGUCGCAGGCGGCUGGCUCGAAGAGGGUCGAGGAGGGGGCGGACACGAGAUCACUUCUACUGGAUUCCAAUUUUUGCUACAAUCACCGCGAGCGCAGUUAUGGGAUAUUUUGCUUCAGUACCUUCAUAUGUCGGACGCGAGAAGGAUGGACAUUGCUGAAGUUCUUAGCUUCUUGUUCAUGCUUUCCUUGAUGAAACUUGGUCAGGAAUACUCUUGCGAUAAUUUAUCUCCCACCCAAAAUGCAAUGAUGACGGAUCUCAAGGAUUAUGGGAUUGUAUAUGUAUCGCACAACGCGAACAAAUCUUUUUACCCGACCCGACUUGCAACGACGUUGACUUCCUCCCUGCCCCCGCUCCCGCCUUCAACAUCCGCCACUGGUGCCGAUCCCUCCGACCGAGGGUUUAUCAUUUUGGAAACCAACUACCGAUUAUACGCCUAUACAGAUAACCCACUCCAAACUUCGGUCUUGAAUCUCUUCGUAGCGCUUCGCUCACGAUUCCCCAAUCUUGUCGUUGGACAUAUCACACGAGAAAGCGUAAAGCGUGCAUUGGGUAAAGGCAUUUCUGCUGAACAACUACUUGGAGACGCACGCACAUCCCCAGAUGCGUCGGCAGUUACGGUGCAAGAUCAAAUACGUCUUUGGGAAAUGGAACAAAAUCGGGUGCAGGAAGCGGAAGGGUACCUGUACACCGAGUUUGGCUCGCAACCGGAUUAUGAGUUGGUUCUCCGCUACGCAAAAGAAAUGGACCUGGUUUUGUAUGAGAACGCUCGAGAUCGGCAGUUCUUUGCCAAGGCGGAUGGACAUGCACUUAUCAAGCAACUAGGAGUGGAUGUAGUCUAUAUAGCCCCUGACCCCUGUGGCUCCGAACUGGAUCAUCCUCCAGCUUAUCCCAAUUCCCCCAAUUCUUUUGACUCUGACUCUUCUGAUUCUGAAGGAGAUUCCAACUCUGGCUCUAGCAGUGGAGAACUCCCAUGGGAACUUAGUUAUUACCGCCCACCAACUGUUGCCCAAGCGCAGACAGCACUUGCCACACUUGAUUCUGCACGCCGGACCCAACUUCCAUCAGGUGGAUACAAGUACAAAGACCUGGACCGGAUCACUGCUGAGCGAUACACUGCAAUACAAGCCUGUCUGAACCAAUUCCUUGAGGCUGAGCCAAAAGGAAAGAAAUUUAUUCAGGCAUCCAAGGAUGCAGCACGUAUGCAUAAUCGAAGAGAUACAUAUGCCCGAACAAUCCGUAAAUGGACCCGUCGACUCAUCAAUUAUGGUGACUUACCUGGGAAUAUCCGAGGUUGGUGGAAUGUAUCCACACUGGAGGAUGAGGAUGUGUCAUCUGCAAUCAGGCUUCACUUACAGAAAGCUGGGAAGUUGGCGGGUGCACAGGAUGUGGUGGACUUUCUGUCUGAUCCAGAGGUUCGGAAAACACUGGACAUCAAGAAAAAGAUUAGUCUUCGAACAGCACAACGCUGGCUCUCUCGGGCUGGUUUUUCUUGGCGAUCUGAACCUGUGGGCCAAUACUUUGAUGGUCACGAACGACAAGAUGUAGUUGAAUACCGGCAAAAGGUAUACAUACCUUUCCUGAAGAAAAUCAAGCGGCGGCGAAUAAUUUAUAAUCGGGAUGGUGUUGAAGAUCCUACACGUCCAUUGCGAUUACUACCUGGCGAGAAACCCAUCAUUUUGUGGUUUCACAACAAGACAAUUUUUUACGCAAACGAUCGUCGUAAAGUUCGAUGGGUCUUUGUUGGAGAAAGCCCAGUACCACACAAGAAAGGAGAGGGGUGUAGUUUAAUGGUGGCCAACUUUGUGUGUGCAGAGUUUGGGUGGUUGCGUGGACCGAAUGGUGAAUCUGCGAGAGUAACAAUGUUUCCCGGGGGCAACAAAGAUGGAUGGUUUACAAACGACCGUGUCAUUCUUCAACUAGAGGAUGCUGUCAAAAUUGUCAACGAACACUUCCCCCAGUUCACUCACAUAUUUGUGUACGACAAUGCUCCUUUGCACACGAAACGCUCGCUUUCCUCACUUUCCGCUUAUGGAAUGCCCAAGGGUCCGCUUCUGGACUGGCCUUACUACAAGGACAAGGACGACAAACGCGUGUUUGUGAGAAUGGAGAAUGGUUUUCUCCCAGACGGCUCACCCCAGGAGUUCUAUGACCCAAACGAACCCAAUCGUUUCAAGGGAAUGUCGUGGAUUCUUCGAGAGCGCGGUCUCGGUCAUCUUGCCGAUUUGAACGCAGUUUGCACGAAGGGAUGUGAACCAGGGAAGACUGACUGUUGCUGUCGUCGGGUAAUGAUGAACCAGCCAGAUUUCAAUAAUCGUGAAUCAGGCUUACAAGAGGCUGCUCGAGAGCUGGGAACUGAAGUGGUAUUUCUCCCAAAGUACCACUGUGAGCUGAGUAUGAUAGAGCAAGUCUGGGGAUACGCAAAAAGAGACUAUCGAGAUAAUCCCCCUAAUAGUAGCUCAAAAAAGUUGAAGGAGAACGCACUAAAGGCAUUAGAAUCACCCCCAAUUUUAUCGAUGCGCAAGUUCGCUGCUCGUUCUCAACGUUUUGCCGAUGGAUAUGACCAUGGUAUGGACGGGUCCCAAGCUGCUGCGUGGGCUACAACGAUAUUCAAACAUCACCGAGAGACCCCAGCACAUAUUCCGUACGACGAGAUUGCUCCUAACUAUAUGGCCGCUGCAUUCUCUCGCGAAAUUCAAUAUGUAUAUCCCAACCUUCGUCAGGCUGUCAUCGCCGCGACACGUUAUGUUGUGACUGGCAAUCAUGCAGCCCUGAACCCACAAAGAUAUCCGAACCUUGCUCCAAUUGACCAAGCGUUGAAUGCCCCACAAAUGACCUUUGAAGUGGGUCCGCAGACGGGAAAAAUAGUUGGAGUUGGCAUUCCAGGAAAACGAGUAGUCGAUCACAAAUAUCUGCCUGACGAUUUUUUGCGCAUCGACUAUGUCAUGAUAAAUUAUAGACUGGCGCCCAGAAACGAUCCAGCUUAUGAUAAGUCCAAGAAGGAGUUUGAUCGACAGGUCGCAGAAUACAGGAGAACCAAAGGCAACCUAGGGAUCCAUUUCAAUGCCCAUUAUGUACAGGGAGGAAGCAUUGUAGACAGCGAUGCCCACCCAGCUUUCGCCGCAUAUAUACAGAAUGACCUAAACAAUCAACGCCCAGAGGAACUAGAGGCGGAGUACAAUGGAUAUGUGCAGCGUAUGCAACGUUAUGGGGCAGGCGCGAUCUGGGACAAGUGGAGGAGCGGGGCCACAUUUUAA